AAUUAAGAGAAAAGAGUAUUUGUAUUUGUGCGCGCGUGUGUGUAAGUGUGUGUGAAAAGCAGAAAAGCGAAAAGCCAUCGUCUUCUCUCUUGCUAACUGUGCUUUUUCCCCCAUCUCUCUUGCACCGAAGCAGCUGCAAGCGCGUCUAAAAGAUUCGUAGCGUUUCAUCCAUGGAUUAAGGUGCAUUUCAUUUCUACAGCAGGCGUCCAGUUGUGUUUAGGUUUCCGUUCAUUUCUUCAGUGCUGUGCGUGCUGCGCCCUGGGCGAUUGUCAAUCAUACGCAACGUGGUACGCUGUACGAAGCCAAUCAAGUGAAUGAUCGGUGACUCUCGAUAGAUUUGCAUGAAAAUUGCAGCCAAAAAAAAAAGAAUCAUACUCCAUGGCUGUACGACAAUGUCCAAUGCUCGCGAGCUGGCAUUGAUCGAGAAAUGGGCUGACAUCGCAACGCCGCCGACGCCAACAUUGCCCGGCCUAUCGCCAACAUCGCCGCGCACCAUCAUCAAGUUCUGUUGUUGCCCACAGCGCAGGCGCUACACUCUGAAGCAGCCCAAGCUCAAGUCGACGGCGAACACGCUGCAUGCUAGAAAUAUAUUCGUUGAUAGCGAUUUUACGUAUAUUGAUGAUGUGCCACGUGCCAGCCGCAGCAACAACGGCAACGGCAUCGGCAACAGUAGCAGUAGCAAUAAGCGACGCGACGAAGAUUGCGACAGUGAUUACGAUUGCAAUGAUUAUGAUGAUGAGGCAAAUGAUAUCGCUGAGAUCUCUGGCAAAAGCAACAGCGACCACGACGGAAAUGUGGCGCUGAUAUUAAUGAAUCAACGAAAUGUGCCCGAACAAUGGCGGCAGGACUACAAAGGCGACACCAGCAACAGCAACAGCAGCAGCAGCAACAACAAGCGUAGCAGCGAACUAGCAGCAGCAACAGCAAUUCACAAACGGCCAGCAGAGUGGCAAUGAGCAGCAGCAACAGCAACAACCAACCCAAAGACUUAGCAAUAGCUUGGAACAGCAACAACAGCAGCAACAGCAACAGCAAACGCAACAGCAACAGCAACAACAACUGCAACUUAGCAAUAAGGAAAAUACACUAAGCAACACAACAAACAGCAACGGCUACAAUAAGCCGCGCUGUAAUUAUUGUAAAUUACCCGACGACGCCGUGCCCCAAACGAACAACAAAAACAAAAA